AUGUUGAGAUCGUUUGCGCACACUGGACGACUUGAAAGCAGUAACAACAGUGUUCAUUCAGUCUAUUUCAACCGCGACGUGAAUAAGGCCGAUUUUCUAUCUAUCUAUCUAUCUAUCUAUCUAUCUAUCUAUCUAUCUAUCUAUCUCUCUGUCUAUAUAUCUAUCAAUCUAUCUAUCUAUCUCAUUCUAUUCACAUCUAUAUAUCGAUGUAUCGUAUUAUGUAUCUAUCUAUUUAUUUAUCUAUCUAGUUGUAUUCGCAUCUAUAUAUCGAUCUAUCGUAUUAUCUAUCUCAUUCUAUUCACAUUUAUCUAUCUAUCUAUCUAUCUAUCUAUCUAUCUAUCUAUCUAUCUAUCUCAUUCUUAUUCACAUCUUUCUAUUCAAUUCUAUUCGUAUCUAUAUAUCGAUCUAUCUAUCUAUCUCAUCUAUGUAUCGAUUUAUCGUAUUAUCUUCAUAUCUAUCUAUCUAAUUCUAUUCGCAUAUAUAUAUAUAUCGAUCUAUCGUAUUAUCUGUCGCAUUUUAUUGACAUCUAUCUAUCGAUCCAUCGUAUUAUCUUCAUAUGUACCUAUUUAUCUAAUUCUGUUCGCAUCUAUCUAUCUAUCUAUCUAUCUAUCUAUCUAUCUAUCUAUCUAUCUAUCAGCAGGCCAUCCGACGCAACGGCCCCCGAAACCUUCCCAUUGCCUAUCACUUGUCAGCCGCCAUUUUCUCCGUUUUCCCGCUUUUCGGCUUCGCACGCAGGCGUUCCGUCGCACCUCGCACCACCAUGUUGUCAUUUCUGUAAAACAGCCGACUUUGGCGAAGUCGAACGACGCUCGCCUCGAUUUUUCUCUCUGA